AUGAACACACGAUAUAUUACAUAUGGGGAUAGUUACGCAGCUUCGAAAGCAGCGUGUGAUCUCCUAGCUGUUGGUGUGAUUGCAAUCUACGGGCCCACUGAUCCAAACUCGGCAGAUGCAGUGCAGGCCCAUUGUCGAGCAGCGGGCGUCCCACACAUACAAGCAACUUGGCGACCUCCACCAUUAAGAGAUCUAGAAAUUCCCUCUCCACCAGGCAUCAAUUUAUAUCCAGAAGCCGUUGCCUUGUCAGAGGCAGUGGCAGUUUUCAUAAAAGACAACGAUUGGAAUACUUAUACAUUACUGUAUGAUGAUGAUGAGGGUUUAAUUCGAUUACAGGAAAUUCUCAAAUACGCAGACCCUAAUGACAACUGGUUAGUGAGACGACUAAAGUCUGGUAAAGACAAUAGACAGUUGUUGAAAUCCCUUAAAGUAGCUAGACACACUAGGGUUAUCCUGGAUUGUCCCUCUGACAGAAUACUUGAAUAUCUGCGACAAGCGCACGACGUUAAAUUCUUUGAAGACUAUAUGAGCUACGUCCUAAUGUCCCUAGACGCGCAUACUUUGGAUUUGCAAGAGCUAAGAUACGGCUUAUCAAACGUAACAUGCUUAAGAAUAUUCGACCAUGCAGACUCAAGAACUACAGCAUAUCAUGCUGACUGGAAGGCAAGAGCCACGUCCGACAUUAAAAUUCCGAGGAUGACUCACGAAAUAACGGUAGAAGCAGCCUUGGCUAGCGACGCUGCUAAUCUCUUAACUAAUUCAGUGGAGACCGUGCCUAAAGAUUUCAAAAUUGAGCCCGAAUCUAUUGAGUGUAAAUCUGACGCGAAGUGGGAAUCUGGAAAUAUUUUUACAGAACAUAUUUUAACGAACCCAAUAACGGGGAUUACUGGAAAUAUUUUACUGGACAACUCAACUGGUGAGCGGAAGAACUUUAACGUGGAAAUAAUGGAAUUGUCUAACAGUGGAUUCAAUAGUAUAGCUAAAUGGAACGCCGAUACUGGAUUUGACUACGUGCGAACUGCUACGGACGUAUCCGACCUUCUCGCUGAAAAAUGGCAGAAUAAAACUUUUCGUGUGGCAUCACGGAUCGGAGCGCCUUAUCUAGUGGAAAGAGUCCCGAAAGAGGGGGAAGUACUCACAGGGAACGACCGCUACGAAGGUUAUUCCAAAGACCUGGUAAAUGAGAUAUUGAAAGAGACGUUGCAUCUGAACUAUGAGAUUAUAAUUGUUCCUGAUAAUGGAUAUGGUGCGUAUAAUAAGGAAACGAAGAAAUGGGACGGUCUUAUUGGAUAUUUGAUAGACAGGAAAGCAGACUUAGCGAUUUGUGAUCUCACCAUAACUUAUGAGAGGAGAUCAGCCGUGGACUUUACUACGCCAUUCAUGACUUUAGGGAUAAGUAUUUUGUAUAUGAAACCCACGCCGCCGGAACCGGAGCUAUUCUCAUUCCUAAAGCCUUUCUCGGUUGACGUUUGGAUAUACAUGGCCGCGGCCUUUUUGCUGGUAUCUUUAUUGCUCCAUAUUUUAGCUAGGCUCGCGCCAAACGAUUGGGAGAAUCCUCACCCAUGCGAUAAGUCACCGGAGGAAUUGGAAAAUAUUUGGCAUAUCAAGAAUUCUUGCUGGCUCACCGUGGGAUCGAUUAUGACACAAGGAUCUGAUAUAUUACCCAAAGGGUACUCAACUCGUUGGGUUUGCGGUAUGUGGUGGUUCUUCGCUCUCAUUAUGUGUUCUUCGUACACAGCCAAUUUAGCUGCCUUUUUAACUAACGCGGCAAUGGAUGAUUCAAUCAAAAGCGCUGAAGACUUGGCUAUGCAGACCAAGAUAAAAUUCGGAACUGUAGGAGGUGGUUCUACAUACUUCUUUUUCAAGCGGUCGAACGUGUCCACGUACCAACGGAUGUGGACAGCAAUGGAAUCAGCCCGGCCACCAGUUUUCGUAAAGAACAAUGAUGAGGGUGUCGAAAGGGUGUUCAAGGGCAAGAGGCAGUAUGCGUUUCUAAUGGAGUCAACUGCUAUAGAAUACCAACUGGAGAGAGGUUGUGAUUUCGUACAAGUCGGAGGGUUGCUUGAUUCUAAGGGUUAUGGAAUUGCUAUGCCUUUUUUUUCUUCAUAUCGUACUGCUGUAGAUAACGCGGUACUCAAAUUAGCAGAGAGUGGCAAAUUGGUAGAGCUGAAAAAUCGCUGGUGGAAAUUACCAGAAAAUGCUACGAAGAAGUGUGUUCAACAAGAAGUGGCAGAGGAAGGAACUAGUGCUGCCGAACUGGGAGUGGAUAAUGUUGGUGGCGUAUUUGUCGUGUUAGGUAUCGGCUGCGGCAUGGCAGCUGGAAUGGGGGCGUUGGAGUUUCUCUGGCACGUGAAAGAUGUAGCUAUUGAACAGAAGAUGUCACAGAUGGAUGCAUUCUGGGCUGAGUUAUCAUUUGCUCUAAGUUUUUGGGAAACAGAAAAACCGGUGGAACAUUCGCGACCAUCAUCCUCCGCGUCAGGUGACAUGGCCUCAAGAGCGUCUUCGGUUUUGCGUUCGGCGGUGGACUUAUUUAAUAUGGAUGUAUUUAAAAAGGAUUCACGAUAA